GCAAACUACAGUUUAAUUUUUAUAAUGACUCUGACCAUCGGCAAGCUUUGCGCCGCCUUGUGUCGUCGCAAGUCUUUGUCAAAGGCCAGCGGUGAAGAUCCGGUGAGCGCUCCCGAAGGAACAACUCGUCUCGGGCGGGUGCUGAACUUCGCCGAUCUUACUGCGCUGGGGGUGGGUUCGACUUUAGGCGUGGGCGUAUAUGUGCUGGCUGGACAUGUUGCGCGCGAUGUUGCUGGACCUUCAGUCGUAAUAUCCUUUGCUAUAGCGGCGAUAGGCAGUUUUCUUGCAGGUUUAUGCUACGCUGAAUUUGGAGGGCGCGAACCACGUGCUGGAUCAGCUUACACUUAUUCAUACAUUUGUUCUGGAGAAUUAGUCGCAUUCAUCAUUGGAUGGAAUCUGAUACUAGAAUAUGUUAUUGGUAGUGCCAGUGUAGCGCGAGGUGUUAGUGUUUAUCUUGAUUCGAUACUGGAUGGUGUCAUAGGAAAGGCUUUUGCUUCAUUCGCACCUCUCUCACUUUCCUUUCUUGCUGGUCAUGUGGAUUUUUUGGCUUUUAUAUUAGCCGUUUUAUUUGCAGUGGCUUUAGCGUUAGGAGUGAAAAAAUCUACAAUGGUCAAUAACUUAUUUUCAUUAUUGAACUUGAUCGUCGUAGUGUUUGUUAUAAUUGCUGGAAGCAUAAAGAUCGAUAUCAAAAAUUGGAGAAUCAAGCCUGAGACGUUGCCUGCAGUCGUGCAAGCUACCCAGAACAUUGGCUCUGGCGGAUUCUUCCCAUUCGGUGUGAUGGGAACAAUAAAGGGCGCUGCAACUUGUUUCUAUGGUUACAUCGGUUUUGACUGCAUUUCAGCAAGCGGCGAAGAAGUUCAAGAGCCAAGAAAAACCAUACCACGUGCAAUAAUUGCAACACUGGUAAUUGUUUUCAUCUCGUACUUCGGCGUUUCUGCAGUGAUAACACUUAUGUUGCCUUACUACGAUCAGAAUCGUGAUGCGCCAUUGCCUUAUGCGUUUGCUGCUGUUGGAUGGAAUUUUGCAAAGUGGAUAGUUGCUAUAGGAGGUCUUUUCGGUUUAAUCACUAGUUUGUUUGGAUGUAUGUUUCCACUGCCUCGUAUUUUGUAUGCCAUGGCUUCUGAUGGAUUGAUUUUUAGAUUUAUGGGCCGCGUUAGUGAUACAUAUAAUACACCCGUCAGUGGAACAAUUCUAGCUGGAUUACUUACCGGUUUGAUGGCUGCAUUGUUUGAUCUAAAUCAGCUGGUAAAUAUGAUGUCAAUAGGAACGUUAACUGCUUAUACGAUGGUUGCCGCAUGUGUACUUUUAUUAAGGUAUGACGCUUCCGAUUCCGAUAACUACACUAGUACACCACCUCAAGAAAGAAGUGCUCUAGUUUCGAAAAAUAAAAUUGUUAAACACAAUUUGCGGAAUGUAUUGUCGCAAGUGAUAAAUAGAGAAGGUUCGACUACCCCGACGUCUUUGUCACAAUAUGUGUUCCAUUGGCUCAUUUGCAUAUACGGAAUUCUUUGUCUGGCUCUCGGUUUAAGUCUAGUUUAUGGCGAGAAGGCACUAAGCAAAUGGGAGCCAUGGAUAAUCGUCUUAUGUACCUUCUUGUCAUUGCUUCUGGUGUUAAACGUCUACGCCAUGGCUCGGCAACCCAGUAGCGGCAAACCAGACACAUUCAGUGUACCACUCGUUCCAUACGUUCCUGCAAUUAGUAUUUUUGUGAACAUUUUACUAAUACUAAUGCUGGACCCUGCCACGUGGAUUCGAUUUGGGAUAUGGAUGACAAUAGGAUUCUUAGUUUUUGUUCUGACGAGACAUUGUGUACGCAAAAAUGAUGACACCACUUGGAGAAGCGUAACGCCUCGUUCAAAGAUACCUAUAAGAAAUAAUCCUAUCCCCAGCGUAGAGCUGCCCCAUAAUAUAAAUUAUGCUUAUGAAAAUUGUGUUGAAAUUGAAACAAUGGAGGAAGUAAAGCAAUCACCCAUUUCAAUGCAUGAAUCUUUGGUCGUUUUACCAGACUUAGUCAUGCCCACGAAAGCUUUAGCAACAACAUUAACAAACAAUAGUUGUGAUAAAGAAGAAAAAUAUUCACCAGACCUUCAACAAAAUGUUGAUUCACUAAAUGAAAAACAUGUACUAAAAAAUGAAAGAUCUGACCAAGUUUUUGAACCUUCGGAAACUGUUAUGGCCUAUUUUGAUGACAUAUUACAAAAUGAAGAUACCGAAUCUUCCACGUUUAAAUCGUCUCCUGAACUUCGAAAAAGCUCUUCAAAAAGCAAUAACUCAUCCAUUAAAUCAAUUAGAAGUAGUUCAAUAUCUUCCACUGAAUCUAGCUUACUACGUGACGGAGCGCUGAAAGAUUUUCCCGAUACCUGUGAAACUAAAAAUGAAAUCGAUAUCAAAAAUGAAGAAUUCAAAGACAACGAUGAUAAAGCUCACUGUAAUGACAAUAUUCAAAUAGUUAAUCCUGCAGGACUGGUGAAUUCUCAAAGUGAUGAUUGUUAUAAACCCGAAAUUGAUAAAACUAAUACAGGAUCUAGUUCUGUAAAGCUCAGAGAUAAAAAUUCUGACUCAGCGUCAAUUAGAAGUUCCUUAUUCGCCCAAAAAUUAGAGAAAAUUCUUGGAGAUGGAAUUGGAAGUCAAAGUAUUGAAGGAAUUCCGUCUAUUCAGUCAGUUCCAAUUGAGCAAAAUAGUCAAUUGAGCAAAAUAGCUCAAGAUUCAAUUGAUGCGACUGAUCUGUCUACAAGUACUAACACUCCUUUUAAUAUACCCAGUCCUCCAAAAAUGCCUACUCCAGAAAUAUUAAGAAAAAUAAACUCUACACCGGCUAACUUAAAUAAGCUAAGAAUUUCAGUGAUCCCAUUAUUUGAAGAAUUAGAGAACAGAAAAAGUAAUCUGAGGCAUAGACCAGAGAAUGUACUCCAUAAAAAUAUAAAUGAGACACAAUUAUUGAACAACCAAGAAACUUUAGAACUGCAAGGAAAGCGGCAACCCGAAACAAAUGCAAUUGCAAACAAAAAUUAUGCAUUAGUAACAGUUACACCUUAUUCAUCGCCGGAAAUAUUAAAUGAUUCAAUGCCUCCUAAUUUAUUGGAAGAAAAAAGCGAUAAACUAGAGAAUAAUAUCAAUGAUGGUGCCAAUGUCAUGUCGCGAGCAGAACUUAGAGACAAACUAAACUCUAUUCUCGCUUUUAGACUGUCACAAGUAGAACCAAAACAAAGUGAACAAAUCUCAAUACUGCCUGAACAUAAUAAUGAAGAGCAUGACGCAUAAUUUACUAAAUUAUAAAAAUGUUUUUCUUGAUCGCAGCAUUUAUUUCAAACUAUUUCUAGGAAAUGGUAAAAUGAAAUACUAUCACUUAUUAUUGCUGUUAGUAAAUUUUUUAAACGUAUA